AUGAGUUCUUUACCUCCUAUUCGGUUUCAGGCAGCCCCUGCACAACCAUCGUAUUCAGGGAUUAUAUUAACCAACAACUCAUCGAAUUCCUCAGAAACUUUCACUGCUUAUAAUAAUAAAAUCCUACAAAAUCAACAGAACCAGUUCCUCGCAAAGCAAAAAUCACGCUCCAUCGCUCAAGAAAACAAAAUGAAAGAAUUGAAUCAGCGAAUUCAAGAUCUUCAAAAACGUUAUUUACCAAUGAUGAAAAAUGUUUAUGAUCAAUAUGAUGAUACUCAAAAGAAGUCGAAAGAGCUUCAAACUCAAUCACAAAAGCUAAUUUUUGAAGAUAUUUCAGGAUUAGCCAAAAAAUACGAAGAACUUUCUAACAAAUUCGAUAGAUUUAUGCAAAAUGAUCUGGAUAACAAAACUCGUCCAUUACAAGAAGAUAUCAAAACCCUUAAAAAUAAAACAAAUCAAAUUUUAAUGACGACAGCUCAACAUGUUGGAACAAUUGGGGAACAGAUUGACGAACAAGUUAAAGAAUUCAAGUCUGUUAAAAACAAGACUUUUCUCUUUGCGACAUCGAUUGAAUCAAAAAUCAAUGAUCUUACGCCAAAUUUACAUACAAAUGAAAGAAAACUAAAUGAAUUCCAAAAGAUUCUCGAUACAGAUCAAUUUGGAAUCAGUUAUGAAACUCUUGAAGCGAUGUUGACAGAAACGUUAACAAAUCUCAAAGAAGUUGAUGAAAAUGUCAUUCCUGCCAAGAUAGAAGAGCUAAAUACAGAAUUUCAUAAUGAAAUAGAUGAUAUUAAAGCCAAAAACGAAGAACAACUCCAAAAAAUUGUUUCAACACUGAAUGAUAUCAAAGAUCAGAAUGACCAAUCGCAAUCACAAGAAGCAAGCACAACAAGUUUGUUUGAAAAAGUUAUUGAUUAUUCGUUUUUGAUCGAAAAUCAAUUAUCAAAUUUGGAAUCAUCGACAAAAACCGAAGUAAAUGUCAUAUCAAACAAUUACAAGGAUGGUGUGAAAGAAUGCCUUGAAACUCUCGCUGAAAUUUCCCAACCGGAUGAAUAUACAGCUGCAGUUAUUGAUACAGAGCCACAGAACGAAGAAGAGGAGGAAGCAAAAGAUAAUAAUAACAAUAAGAAUACAGAAGAAAAAGAUAAUCAAAAUCCCGAAAAUAAUUCUGAGGAAAAUAAGCCAAAAAAGAACCCUUAUGUAUCUCCAGAGAUGCUACAACAAGAAAUGCAGAAAAGGAAGCAAAAUCAAACCAAAAAACCGAAAAAUCCUUAUGUAUCUGUUGAAAUGCUUCAACAAGCGAUGCAAAAGAGGAAAGAAGAAAGAGAAUCAAAGAAAAUGAAGAUUCAGCCUAAUAAACCAAUUGGUCUUCGUACAAUGAUCAUGAAUAUGAACAAGAAUUUAGAAGAUGAGCAAAAAGAAAAGGAAAAACAGAAGAAAGGUAAAUACAAAACAUUUGAUGGCUUCCAAAUGGUCGAUGAUGAUGGUGGCGAGCAUUUAAUCACUAUUCCUCUUUUCGAACACGAUGAAGAAAAAUAUACAAAGCAAAUGCAAGAACUUCGAAAAGCAAUCGAAAUCCAUUUGAUCAGAUUAAGAAAGAAAAUAAGAGGAAGAUCAGCAAACAACUUUAGAAACCAAAUUACUGCUUACUACCUUAUAAAUGCAAUAGGAAACACAAUUUCAGGUGAUUCUAAUUUGUCUGGACAUUUAGAUAACAUUGAAGCACAAAUUGAUUGGUGCAUAAACGCAAUACAAAUUAUAGACAAAGAAAGAAUUGCCGCUCAAGAAGUUGGUUGCGAUCCAUUGAAUCUUAUCUCGAGAAUUUCAAGCUGCAACCAAAGAUGCUUGGAAUUAAUUGCUUCUCUAGAAGCUGAGAAACAAGAACAAAUGGAAGUUGCAAAGCCAAAGAAGCCAAAGAAACCAAAACAGAAAGACCAACCUCCGAUGUAUUUAGGACCUCUUGUAAAUCCAGGUCUUACUCAAGUUUUGGAAGGUCAGAAACCCGAAGAAGAAGAUAAAAAUGAAGAGGAGGAAGAAAAGAAAAAUGAAGAAGAAGAGGAAGAAGAGAAAAACGAAGAAGAACAAGAAGAGGAGGAGGAAGAAGAAGAGAAGAAAGAUAAGAAUAACAAAGAAAAAUAUGAUAAAGAAAAAGAAGAUAAGAAUGAUGAAAAACUUAAUGAGAAGAAUUGA